AGCCUUAUAGCAAUGUCGAAGGUUUCCAAAGAGUUCGGCUUUGUGCGCCCUACACUAGUUCGUGAGAAGGUGCUGAAUAUCAAACAAGGCCGUCAUCCAUUAGCUGCAGCGACGUGCGAUUCCUUCGUACCGAAUGAUACAAACAGUAGCCUGGAAUCUGGUUAUGUGAAGAUUCUAACUGGAGCCAAUUCUAGCGGCAAGUCGGUGUACAUGAAGCAAAUAGGUUUGAUAGUAUACUUGGCUCACAUAGGCAGCUUCGUACCAGCCGAGCGAGCCACAAUCGGCGUCAUCUCUCACAUCUACUCCAGGAUCCAUUCCACUGAGUGCGUCGCCACGCAUAUGUCUGCAUUCCUCAUUGACUUGCGGCAGAUGGCGCUGGCUCUACAGGAGUCCACACCAGACUCCUUGAUAAUAAUCGACGAAUUCGGCAAGGGCACGUCUGAGGUCGACGGCCUGUCCCUUCUCGCCGCGUGCCUUAACACAUUCCUGUUCCGAGGAGAAGAAUGUCCCCACCUGUUUCUAUCCACACACUUCUUGGAUGUGCCAAAGUUUAUUGUGAACACUCCUAUAGUCAGAUUUAUGAGGUUCGAUCACACCCUCCAAGACGGCGAGCCAGUGUUCCUAUUCCGUUUGGUGGAAGGCAGCGCGGAUUGUAGUUUCGGUCAUCAAGUUGCUGAAGCCAGCGGCGUAGCACCUAAUGUGGUUCAACGCGCUCGACAAGUAUUAGAAGCGAUGAAGAGCAAUACGUUGCCGCCAGAAAAUAAGAAAAUAACUACCAAACUGAAAAGUUUCAUCGAAAUAAUAAAAAACGAACUCCUUUCAGAAGACAUUUAA